AUGGACAUCCGCAAUGCGGGUCUUGGCACGAGAGACGAUGCCUACGACAUAUCCGACCCGACCGACUGGUUGGGAACACCUCUGGCGAGCCUGAUGCCUCUCGAACAGGCGCUUCGAUGCCACGUCUGCAAGGAUUUCUACAAUUCCCCAAUGAUCACCUCCUGCUGCCACACCUUCUGCUCCCUCUGCAUACGAAGAGCGCUCGCCAGCGAUGGGAAGUGCCCGCUGUGCCGCGCCACAGACCAGGAAUCAAGGUUGAGGGGGAAUUGGGCAAUAAGAGAGGCCGUGGAGAACUUCGUCAAGGACAGAGAUACGAUACUUCGUAUGGCGCGGCAACCACUGCCUUCUGCGCAGACCUCUUCAGUUGAUGCAACACCACAGACUCCCAAGAGGAAAGCAGGUGGCGGUACACAAGACGGCGGCCACAAUUCGAAAAGAACCAGGAUGUCUACCAGGUCAAGCAGUGCGAGAUCAGCGGAAACUACCUCAGCCAUAAUACGACAAGAGACGGGAGGACAAGAGUUGGAGGAGGUCGAGGUUGACGAGGAAAUACCUAAUGAUGGCCUGGUUGCUUGUCCCAUCUGCUUAUGGAGAAUGAAGCCCGAGAAAGUUGAUCGACACCUCGACACCGACUGUCCUGGAGAGCCACGACCUCAACCCAGCCAGUCCAAGCCAAACAACCUGGGGUUCCCGAGUACCCGCCCUGCAGCCAACAUUCCGACUAAACCGCAAGAGAGAUUGUCAACCCUCAAUUACUCUAUGGUGAAGGAGACUGCCUUGAGAAAGAGGCUUAAAGAGGGUGGAAUCUCAAGCUGGGGGUCCAGACAUCUACUCGAGAAGAGGCACAGGGAAUGGGUUACGAUUUGGAAUGCAAACUGUGACUCGGCGCGACCAAAAUCCAAAUCAGAACUUCUGCAAGACCUUGAUACUUGGGAGCGUACGCAAGGCGGCAGUGCUCCUUCUAACUCUCACUCGGCCAACCUGGGUGCUCAGAUCAAAGACAAGGAAUUCGACGGUCAGGGAUGGGCCUCGAAACACAGCGACUCGUUCAGGGACCUGAUCGCAAAUGCCCGCAAGUCUCGCCAGAAGGCGGGUGGGACGACACAAGACUCAUCCCAUGAAGCCCGAGAUCAUACAUCUGAUGCCGGCAAUGUGGUGCCUGAGCAGCGGCCAGAUGACCUGAACAAUUCACAGCAACAUGCUGAAGGCUAUGUGAUGCGAAACUCUGACACAACGAUGGAACACAGUAUCACCGCCAGCCAAAUAGCAGCAGAUCAGUCGCCUAGAGGGUCGGCCGAUGAUAGGCUAGCAGGGCCUCUUCCAGAGGAUCGACCGUUGCCCUCCCAGACCAACGCAUCUAGCUGUUGA